AUGGGGCCCCCAGGCAAUAGAAUAGGGGAUCAUGGGGCCCCUGUGUCCUUGCCCAAACUCAAAAAAGCCUAUGAAAAAGGUACCAGGGGCAUCUCAUGGGGCCCCCUACUGACCCCGGGCCCUCGUGCAGUGCCAGAGAUUCCAAAUGGUCAGUCUGCCCCUGCUCUAGUGGCAACCUGUGAAGCUCUGCAGGGGCGGACUGACAACUCAUGGGGCCCCCGGACAAUAGGGGAUCAUGGGGCCCCUGUGUCCUUGCCCAAACUCAAAACAGCCUAUGAAAAAGGUACCAGGAGCAUCUCAUGGGGCCCCCUACUGACCCCAGGCCCUUGGGCAGUGCCCGAGUUUCCAAAUGAUCAGUCCGCCCCU